ACGCGACCUCGAUGACGUCACGGCGGCAGAAGUUUGUCUGAAGCGCUUUAUCUCAUGAAGGUGGCACGAGCGGACUUUAACAGGUAACUGAAACCUCAGCGCACAUAUAAAUCCGAACGCUGUAGAUGAUGUCCUGUGUCGACCAGUGACAGACAUGAACGGGAAAGGCUGCAACCUGAUGGUUUCUCCGUCCGGUACGGCUCAGGUUCCUCACCUGAGGGUCCAGACGGGUCACUCCUGUUCUCCAUCGCUCCAUCCCGACGCCACAUCAGGAAACCCGGCCCUGAGUCUCCGCCGACAGGUGCUGACCAAUGGGAAGCUGGGCUUUCCACACUCCUCCCGACAUCAAGCCCCGCCCCUUUCACUCCCAGCAUCCUCUUCCAAACAGUCAGCUCGACCCAGCUGCUCGGACAAUGGUACAAAAGGUUACUUGUCUUUGGGGACGAACAGAAGAGUCUUUGGGCCGUGUGGCGGUUCAAACCUGCAGGUGAUGAGCAACGCCAUGCUGGUCCAGAGUCUGGGUCCGGUUUCUCCACAGACUUCAGCCCAAAACGGCCCACCUCAUUCCCUCGCUGUUCCCUUCGCUGAUGCCAGGUGUUUACUGUCCAGAGAGUCUUUGGCCUCGACCACCCUCAGCCUCGCAGAGACGCAGUCGAUUCGCAGCGGUAAGCUGGACUGGCCCUACGGUUACCGCGUUCUGCCUCCUUUAGGGCUAGGGUUUAACCAGAUUUCAGAAGCAGCCGAUCCGCAUCUCAUUCCCGGAUCCUCCAUGUCCGAAUCCGUCUCCAACCCCACGUCUCUACCGCAUUAUCUCUUCAUGGAGGACACCAGCCGCUGCAAAAAGCGAGCGCUGUCCUUGUCUCCGCUCUCAGACGGCAUCGGCCUCGACCUCAACUCCAUCAUCAGAACCUCGCCCACGUCGUUGGUGGCGUACAUCAUCGGUUCCCGCACGUCGCCGGCCUCGCGCCCCACUCCUUCACCUCUGCAGGCCGACGUUUGCGGACACCUGCUGGGCAUCAGAGGCAGCUGCAUCCCUCAUCCCAACCCCGGCAAACACAUCACCAAAGACAAGUCAAUUCAGACCCCAAUUGUCCAGCCGCUAGAAGACCAAUUCACCAAUCUAGUGGUGGAGCACCAACUUCUACCUGGACAGGAGAUGCAAACGGCGACAAAAAACAGCCUGUCGCCUUCAAUACACCUUCAAAUGCCCAGCCCUCCUCGAGGCCCUCCACCGCCCUAUAACGCCCACAUUCAGAUCCCAGCGGCGUCUUCAGACAACCUCAGGGUCCUUCCGUCGACUCUCUGCCCGAUGCUGGAGGAGGACGAGGAGGAGGACGUCAGCGGAGGACACUGCUGCCGUUGGCUGGACUGCGGCGCUGUUUACGGCCAGCGAGAGGAGCUGGUCAAGCACAUCGAGAAGAUCCACGUCGACCAGCGCAAGGGCGAGGACUUCACCUGCUUCUGGGCCGAAUGUCCACGCAAACACAAGCCUUUCAACGCACGCUACAAGCUCCUCAUCCACAUGAGGGUCCACUCCGGGGAGAAACCCAACAAAUGCUCAUUUGAGGGCUGUCAGAAGGCGUUUUCCCGCCUGGAGAACCUGAAAAUCCAUCUGAGGAGCCACACGGGCGAGAAACCCUACGUGUGUCAACACCCCGGGUGUCAGAAAGCCUUCAGCAACUCCAGCGAUAGAGCCAAACACCAGCGAACACACAUCGACACGAAACCCUACGCGUGUCAGAUCCAGGCCUGCGCCAAACGCUACACGGACCCCAGCUCUCUGCGCAAACACGUCAAAUCACACUCCUUAAAGGAGCAACAAGCCCGGAAGAAGUUGAGACGCAGCACAGAUCUCAGUCAGGACGGACUCACCGAGUGUUUGACGGUUCAGCCGCUGCAGCACAGCCUCGUGCCACUGGACCUGAUUGAGACCAAGCACCAGUUGCCCACUGAUGAUCUCUACACUGUCUUCACCCUAAACCAGAGUGCGAUGCAGAUCCCAGCCGGUCCACAGACCCUUCAGACCCACAUGCAGCUGCUGCCCUUACAGGGAAACAACAGGCUCAGGGUUCCUGUAUCACAUCAGGUGUCCCCGGGCCCUUCAGCGCUCCUGUCAUCUCACCACACACUGGGCCAAAACACUCACAAACUACCCAGAUACCCCAGCCAUCCCAGGACAUCCCACCCUGACAGUUUCUCUGCUGAUGCCCAGACCGUGUUUUCAUACGGUGACCCACCGCAGGCUGCCAAACACAUUGCUCCCUGUUCCAUGAUGCAGAUGCCCAUGUUUGAGGACAAUCUGGGCUCCUCAGACCUGCUGCACACAACUCUGUCAGGCAUCGCUGUGUUCGACUGCCAAACCGGACCGGAAGAGUUUCUGGGAGAGCAGGUUCCUUCGGUGCCGGAGGACAAUUACCUUCACAUCCGUAGUGUGGAGAGAAGCCCGAGCCGGAUCUCAUGUGUCUUUACUGAAGGGUGAACACAUAUUUCCCUACAGUGGAUCUCAU